AUGGCCGGAAAAUCUGAACUUCGUUACAGUGAGCGGAGAGAUAAUUCAUCUAAAUCAGGCGAGUUACUGCAUCGAUUCUUGCUGAACAUUUGUGGCAGAGAAGAGGAAUCAUCAGAGUCACCAUUGGAGUUGUGCGGUAAACUCGGGACAUCGACAACGAUUGAUGGGACAAUCCGAUUGGUGAAUGGCAACCUGCCAAAUCAGGGAAGGGUAGAAGUUAUGCACCAAGGACAAUGGGGUACGGUUUGCGAAGCUGGAUUUGGAAACAAAACUGUGGACGUAAUCUGUCGACAACUUGGCUACAAUAGGGGUGGGAUUUCACGAACUGGUGCAAAGUACGGCGAAGGAACAGGACCUGUGUGGCCGAGUGAUAUUAAAUGUAACGGGGAUGAGGCACGGCUGGUCUCAUUUCGCCAUCGUCCCUGGGGCCUUAAUAACUGUGGACAUUACGAAGAUAUUGGGGUUAUAUGUAACAACGAACAAAAUGAUAUGGACAUCAGACUAGUGAAAUUAGACGGCACACCAAACGAUUCAAGUGGUCGACUAGAGAUUUAUCACAAUGGGGAAUGGGGCACUGUUUGUAACGAUGAUAUCAAUAAUCAGGUAGCGAUAGUAGUGUGUCGGCAGUUAGGACAUACGGUUUCCAGUAUACGUGCCGCAAUUUGGCACUCUUCAAAUCCAGGUGCAGGUAAAAUAUGGAUGGACAAUGUAAAAUGUGGUGGUAUGGAGCAUAGUUUAGCGGAAUGUCGCCACAACGCGGAAGGCGAUGUUGAUUUGGUUCCCAGUGGUACAAAUAUUUUCGAAGGCCGUGUUGAAAUAUACCAUAACGGUGCUUGGGGAACAGUGUGUGAUGACGGGUUUGAUAGCGAUAAUGGUCGAGUAGUGUGUUCCCAGUUAGGGCUUGGAUACGCAAGCCACAGUAGUUCUGCGGCCUAUGGACAAGGUACUGGGAAUAUUUGGAUGGAUGAUGUACAUUGCAUCGGAACAGAAACCACGCUGUCUACGUGUCCCUUUAACGGCUGGGGAGUGGAAGACUGCGAUCACAUUGAGGAUGUGGGAGUAGAAUGCAAUAAUGACAUAAGACUGGUUGGUGGUGACACCGAAAAGAAUGGGCGCCUUGAGGUGUUCCAUAAUAACAUUUGGGGUACAGUUUGUGAUCAUGGAUUUGAUGAGAUAGACGCAUUGGUGGCCUGCAGACAGCUGGGAUACAA